CUUUGUGUUCCCUAUGUUGUGGAGAAAAGUAUUUUAUUAUCUUUAUAGAUGAUCCGUCAAGAUAGGAAUAUAUAUAUCUAAUAAAUGAAAGGUCAUAUGUUGUUAACAUUCUUGAAGUAUACAUAAAUGAAGUUAAGAGACAAUUAGAUAUAAUUGUCUAAUCCAAUGAGGAUGAUGAAUUUUAUGAUAGAUAUAAUGAAUCAAGCCAGGUAUCGAUUUAUUGUCAUAAUCAUAGAUGAGAAUAGUUUAAUAUGCUAAUAAAAUAUUUCUAGAAAAUGAUGAAAUCAGUGAGAGUGAAAAAUUUUGAAAAUUUAAUCUUGAUAUUAAGGUGAUACAAGUUGAUGCUCCUUUAUUAUUUCCUAUCCGAGAAGUUGUUGUUCCUCAAAUCACUGAAUAAUUUGAUGAAGGUGAAUAAUAAAAUAAUAUUGAUGAACUCGCAUAUUGUAUUGAUAUUGUUAAUGAAUUUGUCAAUUAACCACAAUCGAUAGUUUUGAGAAGAUCUCACAUGGAAAGAUGUUUUAUUUCUGAUAAUUAUGUUAUAUAUCUACAUAAAUUAUAUUAUGAUAUAUGAAUCAGAAGGGAUCCAUUAUCGUUUUAAUAAACUAUGGAAAGUAACAAUUCUAAGAAUGGUUAAAUGAUAUGAAAGAAGAGUCAAAAUCAAUAAACGAGAAUGGUGUAUAUGAACUCAUCGAAUUGCCUAAUAAUUAUAAAAGGAUCAGAUGUUGGGUUUUAAGAUUAAACACAACUCAAAAGGUAAUAUUGAACGAUACAAAACCAGAUUUGUGGUCAAAGAUUUUUCUCAAUUACAAUAGAUAGAUAUGAAAAUAACUAUUCUGAAUGAGAGGUUUAGAUGAGAAAAUUUAUAAAGAACAACUUGAAGGAUUCGUAGAGAAGGGAAAAGAACAUUUGACUUGCAAACUUAAAAAAUAUAUUUAUAGUCUUAAAUAAGCUUCUAGAUAGUGAUAUAGAAAAUUUUAUUAUAUCAUUAUUUAUUUCAGAUUUAGGGAAAAUAUUGUUGAUCAUUGUAUAUAUCUAAAGGUUAGUGGGAUCAAGUUUAUUAUAUUUGUAUUGUAUGUUGAUGAUAUUUCGUUCACUAGUAGUGAUUUUGGUUUAUUGUAUGAAACUAAGAAAUUUCUCACUAAAAACUUUAAGAUAAUCGAGAUGAAUGAAACAAUUCAUAUUAUUGGCAUAAAUGUACCUAGGGAUGGAUAUCAAGGAUUGUUAGGAUUAUCUCAAAAAAAGAUAUAUUGAUCGAGUCUUGAAGAGAUUUACUAUGCAACCUUGUUCAGUAAAUGAUAUACCUAAACCAAAUGUGUAAAUUUUAGUCAAAGCUAUUGUUCUAAAAACAACUUGAAAAAAAAUAAAAAAUCCUUAUGCGUGAACAAUUGAAAAUUUAUUAUAUACUCGGGCAUUUACUAGAUUAGAUAUUAGUUUUGUAAUUGGACUGCUAGGUAGAUAUUAGAAUUAUCCAGGAAUGAAAUGUUAGAAGACUGAAAAAAAAAAGAGAUAUAUGUUAGCUAGAGGGGUAAUUCAUUAGAAAAGUAUAAAGUAAUUUAUUAUUGCAUUAUCGACAAUGGAAACUAAAUUUGUGAAAUAGUUUGAGAUUAAUAAUCAAGUUUUGUGACUGCAGAAUUUUAUCUCAAGACUUAGUAUGAUUGACUUAAUUGCUAAGCCUCUGAAAAUAUUUUAUAAUAAUAUAUUAGUAGUUUUUUCUUUACGAAUGACAAGUAACUUAGCGGUUCUAUGUAUAUCGAGAUAAAGUACUUGGUGGUUAGAGACAGUUUAAUUUUUUCUUUAAGAGUACUAUUAGGUAGAUAGUAGAAUUAUCGAAGAAUGAAAUGUUGGAAGGCUACAAAAAAAUAAGAUAUAUGUUAGCUAGAGGGGUAAUUCAUUAAAAAAGUAUAAAACAAUUUAUUAUUGUAUUAUCGAUAAUGAAAACUAAAUUUGUAGAAUGCUUUAAAGCUAUUAAUUAAGUUUUGUGGUUGCGGAAUUUCAUCUUAGGACUUAGUGUGAUUGACUCAAUUGUAAAAUCGUUGAAGAUAUUUUGUGAUAAUAUAAUAACAAUUUUUUCUCUAAGAAUAACAAGAAACUUAACAAUUCUAUGCAUACCGAAAUAAAGUACUUUAACGAUUGUUGAUUCAUUCACCAAGGCCUUAUAACCUAAGGUGUUUAAAAAAUGUUCUUAGAAUAAGGUUUGUGAGCAAUCUAGUAAAGGUAUGGUGAUGCAUGUUUGAGUAGACAUUGUAAUUAACAUUUGCUGCUUGUGUAAUUGAGGCUAUUUAUUUUUGCUAUCAUGUUUAUAUUUAUGUAUGUAUAUAUUAUUGUUGAAUAUGAUAAUGAGAUUGUUUUAACAAGAUAAACUUAUAUAGGUUAUUAUAGACUACAUUAGGAAAGACUAAUCGUACUGUGGUAUAUAGAAGGAAAUAUGAUAUUAAUGAAAUACAAGCAUUGUAACUCAUAUUGAUAGUUGACCCUAAUAUAGUAUUAUUAUAAUUAUUGGACUUAUUGACUUAUUUUCGAAAAUUUGUAAUCACGGAAAAAAUAUUUUUCGAAAUUUUAGAAUCUAUAUCGUAACUUUGAACCCUUUGUUUUAUAUGUUAAUCAGUUAAUAAGUCAAGUGGUAGAAUGUUAGAUUUUGUGGCUCAAAUAGCUUGGGAUAAAAUAUAUUAAAGAUCUAAAUGGAUUUUGAUUAAGGUUAUUGGCCAUUAAAAGGGAAGCCCAUAUCUUAAGAAAUACUUGGGAGAGUAUCUUGAUGUGAGGGACUCUGUUAAUUAUCUUUUCCUAAAACUUGUAUUCUCGUCUAUAUAAUGACAGAACCUCCUGGGGAUCUGAUGAUCAUAUAAUCACAUUUUAGAUCUCUUCUCUCACCUCCUUGAUUGGUCUGUCCUCAAUUAUAGUGGUCUCAUGGAAAGUAAGCAAAGAGGAGAAGAGCCUAGGUUUUUUCGAUAUAGAUCUAUGGUAUGGAUAAUGAUAUAGAAAGGUACACAUCCUCUUCCCGAUCUAUGUAACUUAAUUUAGAUUUCAAUCUUGACUUAAUUGUAUUCCACAUGAUAGUUUAAUCUUACAGGUGGUAGUUGGUGUUUCAUUCUGCUAGAAAGAGAAACAGAGGUAGUGUUGUCUUAGAAAGAGAAAUAGAGGUGAAGAAGCUGGUGGUGGAGUUGGAGGGGUCAAUUAAGAACUCUCCAUUGGGUCCAGUUGCACAUGGCUCCAAGAAGGCAGAAGAAGGUGGGGAUGAUGCGGAUAGAUGCUGCGAUUGAUGCACUGCUCCCUUAUGGUUUCUCCAAGGAAACAAUCUGCUCGACUGUCAAAAAACUUCUGAAGGUUUAUGAUGAUGCUGCUGCUUGGCACAUUAUCGAAGAAGAUACUUACAGGCUGGUCAUUGAGACCAUCCUGGAAGAGCAAGAAGAAAAGGCGAGAGAGGAGCAAAGAGCUAAUGAAGAAGCCAAGGCCUCAGAAGGUCCUAGCCGAGUUGCGGAGGCUAACUUACUUAUUUCUUCAUUAGACCUCGACUGCAGCAGGAAGCAGAGCGUGAGUGGCGAGGGCCAGUCGGCUUUGGCAGUCCGAGAGUGUGACCCACCGCAGUUGGAGUCAGGCUUAGGUUCUCAUCAAACUCCAAGACCAAGGAGGACUCCCUGUUACGGCUGGAUAAGCGAAGACGAAGACGAAGACGAACCACAGGAGAGGGCCGUCGAAGGUGAACGCCCGCAACGUGUAAGGAAGCGGCCCAGUGGAUGGGAUGUGAAGCCCUCUCACAUGUGAAUGUUGCCAGGAAAAUUAGAUAUGUGAUUCGACUGUAUGCACCAUUUCUCUGUAUACAGGAUUUCUUGGUGAUGUAAUGUGUCCUAUGCCAAACGUUCUAAGG